UUUGACGAAUGAACUCUUUUCCGUUGGGCUAUCUCUCUUGUUCAUCGGCUUGUUCUGAAAGAUGAGAGUCCGACGGCUGAUAUCCGCCCCAAAAUUUCUUUGUCUCUCAUGAUAUCUUUGAGAGAGAGAACAGAUAAAUUGGCAGCACACGAGUGUCACAUUCUCUCAUUACGCUCCCAAAGCUUGAUCGUGAUUCUUGAUUUUGAUUCGAGAUGUUCUCAUUAUAUUCUGAUAUUGAAUUUGUCCCGAUUGCAGGGUAUAAACCCCCGAAUUAUGAAGCCAGUGCCUCGAGCAAAAUGCAAUAUUUCGACGAUAUCAUCCCAUUUGGAGAAUUUGAGUGUCGAGAAGCUCUUGAAAAAGAAGUGAAACGUCAUCGAUAUUGGAAGAGCAAGACUGUGAAGAAAAUGAAUUUUGAUCGAAUAGAACCUUCAACAAGUAUUCAUUACAUUCUCGAAUCAUUCACAGAAGCCAGAUCCACGUCUGAAGCCACUGAAGCAGCGAAUUUUGCUGCAAUGAGUGAAGCUUCAUGCUCUUUGACCGGUGGUAGUGGGGCGUUGAGCCCGUGGGAUUUUGAAGUUAUGCCGGGCCAUCUUUUUGUGGAUCAGGUCCGUGUAUUCGAAAUGCCUGGCUCAAGUCAAAUAAAUCCGUGCUCGGCGUGCAAUUCGGAUGGAACUAUUCAUUGUUUUCACUGCAGGGGAUACGGAACAGAUAAAUGCUCGUUUUGUCGAGGUACCGGUAUGAAAUCUGGAGUGGCUCACCCGGCUGUAUACACCCAUCCAAUGAUUGCCACGUUUCCGCACGCGGACCUGUCACGUGGAUAUGCUUCUUCUUCAACUGCAAUGGUCAGGCACGGUAGUAACUCAUAUGGAAUCGGUACCCCCAUGCAUUUCAUGUCAAAAACCGGUGUCCCUCCACCUGGAAUCGGAACUCAUGAUCUUUGUUAUAUGUGUCAUGGGCGGGGAAUCAAAGAGUGCCAUCAUUGUAAAGGAGGCGGCAAGAAACCGUGUACUUCGUGCUCUGGAACUGGGUCUGUUAGGAAUUAUACGAGGAUCAAGGUUUAUUUCAAAAAUGAAAAAUCGGAGCACUACACGGAAAGUGAGAUUCCAGAAAAAUUACUGUUUCAAGCGGAAGGUAAACGGAUAUUCGAGGAGGAGCAAGACUAUAUAAUUCCAAUUUCACAAUAUCAAGAAGAAGAUGUGAACAAAAUGUCAAAACUAUUCUGUGCGCAGCAUCUUCAAAAAUGUAUGGGAGUGUGCCGAGUGAUAAGGCAACGCCACUAUAUGAACGCGAUUCCAAUCAGCAAAGUUCACUUCUCAUUAGGCGGUGAAAAGGGGAUUUUCUAUGUGUAUGGUACACAGAAACUAUGCUAUUUUCCGAAUUUCCCAUCGAAAUGUGUGAUUUUAUAAUCUAAUUUGAUUUAUUUUAUAAAUU